GAGAACAAUAAAGUUGUGCACUUCCGUCACAAUACACUUUGACCUCUCAACAACUUCCUUGUUUGCUACAAAGACAAAAUGGCAGCCUCCUUACAACGCAUUGGAAUAGUUAUCUGCCGCUCAUUUCCUGUUAUUUUACAACGAAAUCUUCAAAGACAGAUAAUUCGUGAUUGGAAAAUAACUUCAAGUGCCGCUCCAGUGUUGCGUGUGAAUUUUUGUGCAACAACAACAUCAUCUGCUGAUAGCACCGAUUCAGCUGAGACACUAGUGUCUAGAUAUGCCGAUAGACCAUGGGAAUACUUAGAAAGUGAAGAAUACAUUGAACGCUAUGGAUCAAAGCCUGUGUGGUCCAACUACAGGAGGAACCAUAAGGGGGGCGUCCCGCCUCAAAAGACAAGAAAGACAUGUAUUAGAGGAGAUAAGAUAUGUGCGAACGCUUGUCCCAUCUGUCGUGAUCCAAAUGUCAUUGUCCAUUACAAGAAUGUGAACCUGUUGCAGCAGUUCAUUAGUCCUCAAACUGGAAUGGUGUAUGAUCCCACUCGAACCGGUGUGUGCAUGAAACAACAGAAACUACUUAACAAGGCUGUUGAUACCGCUAGAGAUCAUGGUUUACUUCUUGUCCAGCUACCUCAUGUGGACUACUCAAAAGAGGACUACUCAAACACCCAUGGUGCUGUUGCACCAACCCCUGCUCCAUUUUCUCUCAACUCUGGAGAAAUGUGGUACUCAUGGUAUGGUAAUAUAAAAGCAGACGAGCGAGAACUGGCAAGAGUGAAGCGAAUCUACAAAGAAUACCUGAAACCAAAUGUUUGAAUCUUGUUGUAAUUAGACCGUAGCCAGGGUAGACGCCAUACUGAACUUCACAUGGGUGAAAACGAGGUUACGAGGGAUAGACUUAGUCUUUACAAUGGCAUGCACUGAAUAAAGGUCCAAGAUCAAACAUUAUUUUCAAAA